CUGUGUGCGCGGGCGGCUGCCGCCGAGCCCUGCGCCGCGCCCUGCUCGUGCCGCCGCGGCCUGCUGGACUGCAGCCGGCAGCGCCUGCCCGGCGGGCCGGGCCCGCGGAGGAUUCCGCCGCUGCCCGCCGGCACCACGGGGCUGGAUUUAAGUCAUAAUCAUUUAUUAUCAUCCAAUUGGAGCAUUGAUUUGUCUGUCCCUACUCUCCAAGAAGUGAAAAUGAAUUACAAUGAGCUAAGUGAAAUUCCAUAUUUUGGAGAAACAACUUCCAACAUAACUCUUCUCUCAUUGGUGCACAAUACCAUUCCAGAAAUAAAUGCUGAGCAACUCCAGGUCUACCUUUCAUUGGAAAAUCUAGAUCUUAGUUCUAAUCUUAUAUCAGAAAUUAAAGCCUCUUCCUUUCCACGAAUGCAACUGAAGUACUUGAAUCUGAGUAACAACAGAAUAACUACUCUAGAAGCAGGUUGCCUUGAUAACUUAUCUAGCUCACUAAUGGUGAUAAAACUGAACCGAAAUAGGAUUAGUGUUAUUCCACCAAAGAUCUUCAGAUUGCCUCAUGUGCAGUUUCUGGAACUGAAAAGGAACCGGAUUAAAAUAGUGGAAAGUCUUACAUUCCAAGGAUUGGAAUCCUUAAAAUCCUUGAAAAUGCAGCGCAAUGGGAUUAGCAGACUAAUGGAUGGAGCAUUCUUUGGCCUGGGUAAUAUAGAGGAAUUAGAACUGGAACAUAAUAACUUAACAGAAGUAAACAAGGGGUGGCUGUAUGGGCUGCGGACAUUGCAACAACUCUAUGUUAGCCAGAAUGCCAUCACCAGGAUCAGCCCAGAUGCAUGGGAAUUCUGCCAAAGACUUGCUGAGCUAGACUUGUCAUACAAUCAGCUCACUCGCCUUAAGGACUCUGCCUUUGUGGGACUUGGUUUAUUGGAGAAGCUAAACCUGGGUGACAAUCGCAUUAAUCACAUUGCUGAUGGUGUCUUUAGAGGUCUGACAAAUCUUCAAACCUUGGACUUGCGGAACAAUGAGAUCUCCUGGGCCAUAGAAGAUGCAAAUGAAGCUUUUGUGGGACUCAGCAGGCUGGAUAAACUAAUCUUGCAAGGAAACCAAAUUAAGUCAAUUACCAAAAAAGCAUUCUCUGGUCUUGAAGGACUUGAACAUCUAGACUUAAGCAACAAUGCAAUAAUGUCCAUCCAAGAAAAUGCCUUUGACCAGGCUCAGCUGAAGGAGCUAGUGUUGAACACAAGCAGUUUGCUUUGUGAUUGCCAGUUGAAAUGGCUGCCCCAGUGGCUCAGAGAGAGCCAUUUGCUGCAGGCUGUCAGUGUCAGCUGUGCUCACCCUGAGUGGUUGGCAGGACAAAGCCUUCUCAGUGUGGAUCCUGAUGACUUUGUUUGUGAUAAUUUCCCUAAACCACAGAUCAGAGUCCACCCAGAGACCACGGUGGCCCUGCGAGGCACAAAUGUGACCCUGAUGUGCAGUGCUGUGAGCAGCAGUGACUCGCCCAUGGCCACGGCCUGGCGCAAAGACAGCGAGGUCCUCUACGAUGCCGACAUUGAGAACUUUGCCAGGUACCAGCAGCAAAGUGGGGAGAUGCUGGAAUACACCACUGUCCUGCACCUCUUCAAUGUGAAUUUCACUGAUGAAGGGAAAUACCAGUGCAUUGUCACCAAUCACUUUGGCUCCAAUUAUUCCAACAAAGCCAAGCUGACUGUCAAUGAGCUCCCUUCUUUCCUGAAAACUCCCAUGGAUCUCACUAUCCGCACCGGGGCCAUGGCCCGGCUGGAGUGUGCUGCUGAGGGCCACCCCCCACCCCAGAUCUCCUGGCAGAAAGAUGGUGGCACAGACUUUCCUGCUGCAAGAGAGAGGAGAAUGCACGUAAUGCCUGAGGACGAUGUGUUCUUCAUUGCAAAUGUGAAGAUGGAAGACAUGGGCAUCUACAGCUGCAUGGCCCACAACAUCGCAGGGGGACUCUCAGCCAAUGCUACCCUGACUGUGCUGGAAACUCCUUCCUUCAUGAGGCCUCUGGAGGACAGGACCGUGACCCGAGGUGAAACUGCUGUCCUGCAGUGCAUAGCUGGUGGCAGUCCUGCCCCUCGCCUCAACUGGACCAAGGACGAUGGUCCCUUGGCAGUCACCGAGCGGCAUUUCUUCGCUGCAGCAAAUCAGCUCCUCAUCAUAGUGGAUGCGGGGCUGGAGGAUGCUGGGAAGUACACGUGCAUCAUGUCCAACACACUGGGCACUGAGCGUGGCCAUAUUUACCUAAAUGUCCUGGCUUCCCCCAACUGUGAUUCUUCCCAGAGUGCCAUUGUCCAUGAAGAGGAUGGCUGGACAACAGUAGGGAUCGUGAUUAUCGUUGUUGUGUGUUGUGUGGUGGGAACGUCCUUGGUGUGGGUUAUCGUCAUCUACCACAUGAGGAGAAAGAAUGAAGACUACAGCAUCACUAACACAGAGGAGAUGAACCUACCUGCUGACAUUCCUAGCUACCUGUCCUCCCAAGGAACACUGUCUGAGCCUCAGGAAGGCUACAGCAAUUUGGAGGCAGGGAGCCAUCAGCAGCUGAUGCCUCCAGCUGGCAGCUACAUGCACAAAGGCACAGAUGGUGGUGCAGCACCAUUAGUGAUCUGCUCAGAUUGUUAUGACAACGCCAACAUCUACUCGCGGACCCGAGAGUACUGUCCCUAUGCCUUCAUCACUGAGGAGGACCCACUGGAUCAAACCCUCCCAAAUCUCAUGGUGCAGAUGCCCAAGGAAACGUACACAGCACACACCCAGAAUGAAACCAGUGCUCUGGGUGACCUCUUAGCAGACAGAGAUGUGCCUGUCUUCCUUACCAACCAUGACAGAAAAAGUGAUAAGAAAAUCUCUUCCCAGCAGAUUAUUGAGCCCUUCCAGGUUCCUCUGUGGGGAGGCAGCAAAGACCUGGCUUGCUCUCGCCCACAAUUCCUGCACCAUCCAUUGGCCCACGAGGCCCCGCAGCCGCUGCGGAGCGACGGUGGCCGGGACCCCGCAUCACCCAGGCCCUGCCACAAGCUGAGGGAGGAGAGCUUUGAUUUUAACAGGACACAGAGCAUUCGUGACCAAAGUGAAACCACAUAAAACACUCGCAAAGCCUUGAAAGCAAAUCCACGUUGACUGGCUGUAUUUACUACCUCAGUACUAACCCCAAGGCCAAAGAUGCUUGUGUAUGUGUCUGCAAGUACUAAAGAGUCAGACUCUUGGAGGAGAUGGCACAUGCCCUUUUUUCUGCAAUUUUUCAAUUGGAAAUAGGAAUGUGCACCAGAGAACACAUGGAAAAUUAGUGCUAUCUACAAAAAUAGCAUUAAAAUAUGGAUUGUGUGAUGCUGGAAGCAGUCUUUGUGGUGGUACAUGUUUUGGAAAGCUCUCAAGAGCGUGUGUAGCUAUUUCACAGUGUUUUGUCUGCUUGGAAACAAACCAUCAGGGCCUCCUCAUGGAAUUCCCCCGGAACUGUAAGCGUAAAACUCUUGGCCAGCUUUUCCUUCCUUAGACUGUUGGCAGGUUUCUGUUGCCAGUCUAAAUUUGGGGCUUGUUUUCUUCUAUGAAUAAUGGACUCUAGUUGUAAAUAAACUCGCAUUUAUAAAUAUUUUGUAUACACUAAGCAUAUAAAUGUGUUGACUGUAAUGUAAAUUAUUUUUUAUUAUGCCAAAGUAUGUAUCAUACUGUUAGUCUUGACAGCUGCAUAUCAAGCCAUAUGGGGAGCUUGGGGGGACUGAAAGCUUGUUUGUGGGGGAAUAGAGCUGUCUUUGUUUUGAAAAGUGCAUUUACUUAUAGAUAUGUGGUAGAACUGUGAUAUUGAUGAAUUUCAUUGUUGCCUACAACUGCGUGCCUGGCUGACCUGGCUGCAAGCUGAUCCAUUUCCUGAUAGUAGCAGAAUUUCAGGGUUUAUCUAAGCUUUUAUCUAUAAAAAACCCCUUUGUAUUGUAUCUGCUGAGAGGGUCUCCAUAUGUUUCCUAGCUGGCAGUUAAGUGCACUUUUAAAAAGAAUGUGGUGAUGAAAAGCAUGAGGUAAAUUGAGAGAGCACUUGAUGAAUACUUAUUUCUUCUGCAUAGCCAAAGGCAUAUGGAGUUUACAACACUGGUCCUUUUCUGUUGUAAAAUAUCAGGCUACAUUGUUGAACUGAUAGUACCCUCAAAUCUUGGUGUGGUCAAAAUGUUUAAAUAUUUGACAGGUGAGAAAUGAUACAAUGCAGGGAGCCCCUCCCUACUGAAAGAUCUUGCUGACACAGAGGAAGCUCAGACUCCAUAGUUUCAGUGAGAUGUGCCUGAGAAAAUGAGGAAGACAAAUGACAUUAUAAAGGCUUUCUGGGAAGUUGUUCUUUUUGGGGGGAAAUGCCCCUUUUUGUAGGUGUUAAAAGACUCCUCAGGGAUGGUUUUUGGCCCAGCUCAGUUGUAGGUAUGUAAGAAUUCCCAUUGGUCCAUUCCUGGACUGAAAGGUUUGCGACUCAAUUGUCAGGUCUGGUCGUGCAGGAUCACAGCGGAAUUCAGAGGCUGUGGUGAAGUGUUUGAGUAAAGGAGUGGGGAAACACUGAGACUAAUGAUGCUUUUCCCAUGGCUCUUUGGACAGGAAUAAUAGUCAAAUCAUUGCAAAUGAGUAAGUAUUUUUAAGGCCUCUUCCCCUGCUCUCAAAGCCAGCAUGGCUGCUUUGGUAGGCGGCAGCUUUAGCAGGAAGGGGAUGCAAUUGUCCUUGACCUUUGGGUAAAAUAGAGAGGAACACAGAUGUGUAAAUUUUGGGAUUCUGACAGGUGAAAUCUUUAUUAAAAAAAAAAGGAGAAAUUAUCAGUUAGUUUCUUUCUGGUUCUAUUUCCUCCAGACUUUUCCUUCCCAGACAGCAUUUAAGGCACAGCGCUUAUUCUGAAUCCAGCGUGCUCCCUGCUGCAGGGACCAGCACUGUCAGUUUAAAUCCAGAUGAAAAAGGUCAUGCCAUGAAACUACAGCAGCAGCAGCAGCAAAGCCUUAUCAUUUUGGGCUGCUCUCUCAGCCAGUAGUCACUCAGGCUACUGGACAAGGUGCUACUGGCAUCUGUGAUUCCUAGCAGUGGGAAAACCACAUCCCUGCUGCUGCUCUCUCAUCACUGUUUGGCAAAUGCUUGUUCCUAUUUCUUUCAUUCCUCUCUCGCUUUGUAGGAGCUGAGCUCACACAGAUCUGUCACAGUGCAGCUGGCAUCGUCCAGACCCUUGAGAGUACUUGGGGUACAACUCCCUGGAUCAAGGAGGGUGAGACCUGCUUGUCCUGGGUCAGGGCUUUAAAAUCCCUGCUGGCUGUACCAGGACUAUGCUGGCUGUCAGAGAGCGCAGCUAAAGCUGCUCUGAUUUCUGUGAGAGAGUGGCCUAUAAAAGCUGAAUCCUGAAUUAAGACAUUUACAUCCUUCCAUGAGCAUUUAAAGUCCAUAAGCUGGUUGUAAAUAGCUGAUGCUUGUGAGUAGGUGAUACUUUGCUGUGGAAAAACUUCUUUGGUAGACUUGGAGGAGCAAAUCCUGUGUCUUGUUUCCCCUUUGCAGAGGGACAGAGUGGCCUUUCUUUUUUCAGUAAAAACAAGCAAUUGCCUCAAUCAAUGCCAAAGCACUACCAGUACAGGAACUGAGAGGGGUCAGAAGCAGCAAGAGCAAAGCUGCUUCUGUUCCCUCUUACUAUUUCCUAUUGUCUAUUUAUAUUUUUUUCACAGCAGAAUGUAUAUUUUGUAUAGCAUCUGUAAUAUAUGUUUGUCCAUUGUAACAUAUGUCCAAACAAUAAAAUGCUGUAUACAUUGA